AUGACGAUGGUCAGCGCUCCCCCGCCGGCCAUCGCGGCAAACUCGGCGCCUUCCCUUACAAAGGGUAGGCAGUCGGCUUUACCACCUCUCGGCGCCAUGCCGUCCUCGCACGACAUGGGCCGCUUUGUCAGCGCGACACCCUCGGACGUGUCCGUCCCACCCCUCGCGCCGGCGCUCGACAUGUCGCUGCUCCCAACGACCCUGGCUGCAGUUAACCACCUGUGCGCCGCCCGUGUCCGCCUCCUCGCGACUAUGCCUACUGUAGGCAUGGCUUGGAGCUUGUGGUGCGGCCGCUGCGGAGCGUUGCGCGAGGGCUUUGGCGGUGCUUGUGCCUACAAGUUGCGUGACAAGAGUGGCAGUGCGACACCCUCCUCCACGACUACUUCGCGCAAGCGCAGUAUCAACGGCGAGCUCAAGAACUUGUCGAUGGACGCGGACCUUGACGCAGAGGGCGAGGAUGCGUCUCCCGCCGACGAGCUCGAGCGCGAGUUACACCGCACUUUGGCCGCCAUGGCAAACGGCUGCAACACCCCGCCUGCGAUGCCCCCUCAGCGUCGCCGCAAGUCGCCACGCUGCACCGCGUGUGGUUCAAAGUUCCGUCGUCCCCAGCCCCAGCCUGCGCGUUUCCCACCCGCUCGCUCUGUCGCGCGUACCAGGAGGCAGUCCUCUCUGGCGGCCGAGGUCAAGAACGAAGAACCCGAGGCGACCUCGACGACUCCUGCUUCGAGCGCAGCUCCGUCGUCCAACGGUAGCCCGGCCGGGUCCCCCGUGGCCUCCCCGGGUCCCAACGCGUUGUCGCGCACGCCGUCGUUGCAGCACAUUCCCACAUCGCACCCCUCGACGCCGACAUACCCGAACCCCCCAGUUGUACCUCCCCCGACAUCUGGCGGUACCGCCCCGCCCGUCUCGAUCCCUCCUGGCGGCGGAGCACCCCCGGCCAAGAAGCGCAAGACCAAAAAAUCGGGCCUCGCAAAGCUCCUCGCACAGAACGCGCAGCGCGCGGCGGAGAAGAACGGCAGCGGGAUGUGGGGCCUCGGGUAG